AUGGCUUCCGAUAACGAUAACACCUCGAAAUCCAACGAGAUACGGCCUGGGCAGGCGACGGAACUCCCGUGCUGCGUCGCAGAUCUGAAGCGCGAGCUCGUGUCGGAACAAGUGACAUGGGAGGUCUCGGAGCUCAGCUCGCCGACAGCGCUACGGCGGUUUGGCGCACCGUUCAAGUCCUCGUUCGGGGAGGUCUCGCCGCUUGAUUCCGAGCUGCCGAUCCUCAGAUACAUCUUCGUCCACCAUGUCCGCGAAUUUCCGUUCCUUGACAAGGCGAAGGAGAAAGAGUUUUGGCAAGACAAGCUGCAGGUGUUUCUAGAAUCAUUUGCGAGCAAAAACAUAUCGUCUUCCGAAGACCGCCUAGAAGAGACUAAGCGAAGGAAGCUAGCUAUCAAGGCGAAGAAGAUGGUGGAACUGAUGAUGGUAUCUGGAAUUCCGACAUCCUCCGGCUUCGAAGAGCGAAUUAGGUUUUCCGAGCUCGAGAUCGUCGAUGCCAACGCGAUUGAUACCGGUGUUCUCUCCACACUGCCCGAAGGUAACUAUUUAAACGGGUGGGAUGUCAACGUCGCUGGCGUCCGGAUCAUUACCGAAAAGCGAAAAAUAAGGCAACACAAGCAUGCUGUGGGUCCUAUCUUGCAACCGAUACAAGUGACCAUCGCUCGGGUGACCGGUCACCUCGGAUUCUGUCGAUGGCAGACCGUCAAGCCCAGCCCUCCUGAGUCCCAAACCCCAAGAGGUACUGUCUCUCGGCUCAGGUUUCGCCAGGAUAUUGUAGAGCGCAAUGGCUUGACCAUGUUGUUUCAGGAGAUUCGUGAGAAGGAAACGAUUCAAGAUCUGAGCUUGCAGUAUCAGAAGUUCGCCGAGUGGUUGCGCAUCGAAGUGGCUGCCACCAUCUAUCAUCUCUUCCUCGCCGAGGACAACUCGCCCGAAUUGUUCGCCCAGGCGAAGCGAAUUCACUCCCUAAUUCCCUACACACUCAUCAAAAAUGCGAUUCGGAUAGCCAACCCAGCAGCUGUCAUGUCUAGCAUCCUGGAUAUCUUCCUGGCUCAGCCUUUCGGCACCAGGUCUCUAAUGCAGCGCAUCUUCUCUAUGACGCUCCACGACGGCAUCAGGACCUUUCAGCGAUCAAUCGAUGCGCUGGGCGAUAAGAUCGGCGAUCCCAUUUUUGUCCAGAAGCUGAAGACGUUCACGGAUGCCGAGGAGCAUGUCAAGGAGGCGAUCAGGGAGGAAGCCAUUGGCGAGGACCUCGACGUCAUUGUCGCCAUCCUUAGGUCAGAGCUGGUUGGUCCUGCGCUCGAACCGGAGCAAAUUGGGCGGCUGUACAAUGCCUACGUGGCCUUCAACAACGCGGUCGAGAACGUCGAUGAGGAACUGCGGCAGGGCGCCCAGCUCUUCUCCUACCUCAAGCAGCUCCAGAAGCUCUACAUUCGACAGAGGGAUAAGGCCAUGAUGUUGAGUCUCAUCGAGGAGCCCGUCACUCUACAGCUGUUCCGAGACCUAUUCACAAUCUUCUACGAGCCCCUCGUCAGGGUGUAUAAGUCGGCCAACGUCUACAACAGCGUAACCGACUUUGCCCACUUCAUCGAUGAUUUAAUCCAGGUCGUCGACAAGUGCCGCGAACAAGACGCUUCCGCAGAUCCUAACCAGACAGUGCAAGCCUUCAUCGACCUCUGCCAGCGGCAUGAGCACCACUUCUACAGCUUCGUGCACGAGGUACACACGCACGACAACGGCCUCUUCACGCAGUUGAUGGGUUGGAUCGAGGGAAUCCUCGAAUUCCUCCGGCACGGCCCGACGAAUGGCAGCCUCGACAUCAAUGCACUGUUCGAGGGCGCCACCAGCAGCGGCGUCGUCGACCGCGCGAAGGCGGUCGACGAGAUCGACAAGCUGAUCGCCUGGCAAGAAGCGCGCAAGAAGUGGCACCACGACAAGACGCGCCAAAAGAUGGCGGCCGAGGGCGCGCCAGGCGAUGCCGAGGCCGUUCCCGGCGCCCUGACGUUUCAGUCGGCCGACUUUGGCCUGGAUCAAGAGGACCUGGCGGAGAUGGGAUACGACGACGACUCGGAGGAGGAGGCUGAGGCUGAGGAGGAGGAUGAGAUGGACCCCAUCGAUGCUGAGCGUAAGCGCAGGUCGAGGAGGCAGGCCCGGCUGCGCCGGAAUGCGGGCGAACCGGCCAAGCCGGAGGUUGAGGAGGUCCAUAAGCUGAAGGAGAACUUCUUGGUUAUGCUGCGGAUGGUGCUGGCUGAGUAG